GUUAGGGACUGGGGGCAUCAGCUCUGCCUGGCAAAGCUGGGAGUCCUGUGCGUCCCUCCGGCCCAUGGCGGGGCUGUGCCAGCGGUGGGGGGGGGAAUGGGAGGGGCGCGGCGGGCCGGCGCAGGUCCCUCCUUCGCGGCACUCCCGUCAUGUGGUUUUGCACCCUCUGGACUCAUUUCCAAAAAAGCAUUUCCUCCUGCUGUGGUUAAGUGUAAAAGCCUGCCUGGGGAGGGCUGGCACUCAUUCACCACGCGUUGCGCGGCGGCGAUGGGGCGCUGGGGCACCCUGCCCUCGCGCUGAGCCUCCCUGGCACUGGGGACCCCACGCUCUGCUGCACCCACCGCCACCGCCCGGCAUGACCCAGCCGCAUCGGCUUCAAGGAUGAAGCGCCACUGCCCAGGGGCAGCUUCGGUUUUCCUGGCAGUGCUGUGGCUGCUGGCAAGCGGGUUGCUGCUCCUGGGCUGCCAGGACUGCGCUGUGUCACAGGGGCAGCGGGGCCCAGCGCGGCUGCCCGCCCGUCCACGGAGGCUCGCUGCAAAGCCCUCCUGCCCCGCCGGGAUGAACUGGAUCGAUGCGGUUCAACAGUGCUGCCCCCAGUGUCCACCAGGGACGUACCUGAAGAACCCCUGCUCGAUGCAUGGCAAAGGCAGCGACUGUGAAGCCUGUCCCGACGGCACCUACCACUCCCAGCCCAACACCCGCACCAAGUGCCAUGUUUGCUAUGAGUGCGACCACCACGGUGAGCUGGCAGUGCCCCGCGCCGCGCUGUGCUGUGCCAUGCUGUACCACCCUGCUCACCCCCACACCUGCAGCUUUCCAGCGCGUGCUGAGCAACUGCUCGGCCACCAGCAACGUCGCCUGUGGCUGCAAGCCUGGCCACUUCCGCAGCUGCCUGAACGAGCACUGCAACGAAUUCUCCUGCAGCAAGUGCCAGCUCUGCCCGGGGAGGCUGGUCCAGCGGCCCUGCUCAGACACGCAGGACACGCUGUGCGGCAGCUGCAAGCCCAACUUCUACGCCGAGGGCAGCGAGUGCCGGCCGUGCCACAUGUAAGCAGCUCCCCGGGAGGGGUUGCGUGGCCGGCGGUGCAGCGCAGUGCCCAUGUUCCCUCUCCUUGCAGGAGCACCCCGGAGACGUGCGGCGAGGAGUGCCAGCAGGCAUGCGGAGGCAGCACCCGAGGUGCGUGGGGUGGCGGGGCUGGGGGCGCCAGGGCAGCGGGGUGGGCACGGCUCUGUGGGACACCGCGUUGCUCCCUUGCAGGCUCGGGGCUGCAGUACCUCCUGCUGGCCCUGACUGUGCCCCUCUUCAUGGGCGCCUUCGUCAUCUACAAGAGGAGGUGGCUCCAGCACAGGGCCCUGGUGGGCAGCCCCCUCCUCACAGUCCCACCCCAGGGCUGCCCCAGCCCUAUGGCCCACACAUUCUCCCCCACCCAGGAGGCUGUAGCGACGGAGACAGUGCUGUGCCAGGUCUGUGAGCACGGCCCCAGCACGGCGAGGAAGAGCCCCGAGUCCUGGGCCUUGCACAAAUGCCCCGACGGAGCAGCACUGCUGGAUGGCAGGGUGGAGCCCUCAGCGCCCCAGGAGCCCAGCACAGCGCGGGGCCCCGAGUCGCACCCCCGCAGCCCCCAGCGCUGCACCCUGCUGCAGGGCAGCCAGCUCUACGCCGUCAUCAAUGUGGUGCCGGUGCGGCGCUGGAAGGAAUUCAUGCGGGUGCUGGAGCUGCGGGACACGGAGAUCGAGCUGGUGGAGAUGGAGGUGACCCACUUCCGCGACCAGCAGUACGAGAUGCUGAAGCGCUGGUGCCAGCAGACCAGUGCCACGCUCGACCGCAUCUUUGCCGCCCUGGAGCACAUGGAGCUGGCGGGCUGUGCCGAGGCGCUGCGCCAGAGCCUGUCGGCGGGACCCUGACCCCACGUCCCCAGCCUGGGAAGGCAGCACCACCGGCUGCCCCAGGGUCCCCUCCUAGGCUGUAUUGUGACCCCGUGGGCCCAGGGACAGACACAUCCCAGAAAAGCAGGGUCCCUACGGGACCACCCUGCCCUGGUGCCGUGGGGUGCCGUACCCCUAAGUAUUGUUACUUAUGCCAUGUAGACAUUUUAUGUCAGUUAUCCAGACUGUGGGCUCAGGCUGCAGGAGCAGGACAGAGCUCCCCUCCCCAGCCACCCCCCACUAUUUAUGUCCUCCUGCUCCGGGGGCUGCAUUGGACACUGCCCCCGGUUCGCAGGCUGCCUGGCCGGGCUCCUGGGCACGUGCUGCUCGCGGGACGAGCGGGGGCCGAGCCCGCUGCCAACCCAUGGGAUAGUUCUCAAGUCCGCCUGGCGGGUGCACUCAGGUGGGCCUGCCCCCACUCCAAUAAAGUGGCGUGUUCUCCAUCGUCUGGCACCUGGCCCUUUUUCCUGGGGCUGCUGCUUGCCUCUCAGCACUGCACUGGGGCCAACAGGGCUCCACGUGCCUGGGGGCACUGCGGGUGAUGGCACCAUGGGCAGCACAGCGCAGCCCCACGGGAGGAGGGCAGGAGGGACCAGGUGGUGAGGGCAGCCCCAGGAAAGCACGGGGCACUGCUGGAGGGGAUUAAACGUUUUAA